AUGGCAGAAGGUCUAGUCGCAGCUUUAGAUCAUCUUGAUCUCGAAACACAGGAUGACUGGAUCGACAGUAUACUCGAUGAGCAACGUCCACCAAAACGCAUCAAGCAAAAUCGCGACGAGCUUAAACAGGAGCUUGAACAGAAGUACCUAACGCCAUCAACCACAUUUUCUACAGAAUGGUUAAACAAGCUUCAACAGCGCUGGGACUCACCAGCAAAUUAUACAGACCUCUUCCAGCUCGCUCCAACUCAAACACGUACAAUUACACGAUUCACAAGAGAAGGUUUAGAAGGCCGGGUUACAGGUUAUAAGGAAGUUACAGUACCAGCAAACAGUGCGACUGCUAAGAACUCUACGUCUUUCAUGAGAAAACCAGCAAAUAAGGCAGAUUUUGUUAGAGGUGCAGCAGGCUUCUUUCCAUUCGCACCUGGAGGAUUAGAUGCUGUAGUGGCUGCGGCUGCUUUGGAUGAACAGGUCGGUAAAAUCGAUGAUGCAGUACCCGAAAAAAAGAAUUUGGAAAGAAUCAUAAACUUUGGUGGCGAGGAUGGGCUAUUAAGCGUACCACCAGGAUUCACCAGGGGGCUCAAGUUUGAGAAGAAGGGAGGAGUUGAUGAGAAAGAGGCUGAAGACGUGAAGAAUGUCCUAGAGGAAGAACCAGCCGAGGAAGUGUCUGCAAAUGGAGCAGAUGGUGCCAUGAAGGAUGAAGCUUCUUUGGAAAGCUCAGACGAAGAAGAAGAUGAUAUUGAUUCAAUGUUGCCAGUUGAAUAUCCGGCACUGGAGCCCCGUGGUGCACUAGCAGCCUCAAGCGCGAAGAGAAGUGGAAAAGAAUGGGCACAUAUGGUUGAUGUCAAGAGAGACAUUCCAAAUUUCAGAGAAUUGGUUCCUGAUAUGGCAAGAGAUUGGCCAUUUGAACUGGAUACUUUUCAAAAGGAAGCAGUUUAUCAUUUGGAAAGCGGAGAUUCAGUUUUUGUUGCUGCUCAUACAUCGGCAGGUAAAACAGUAGUAGCAGAAUAUGCUAUUGCUCUUGCCGCCAAGCAUAUGACCAAGGCAAUUUAUACAUCUCCAAUCAAAGCAUUGAGUAAUCAGAAAUUCCGAGAUUUCCGACAAGUUUUCGACGAAGUUGGCAUUCUCACGGGAGAUGUGCAGAUCAACCCUGAGGCAAGUUGUCUUAUCAUGACCACAGAGAUUUUAAGAAGUAUGCUCUACAGGGGAGCUGAUUUAAUUAGAGAUGUGGAGUUUGUUAUUUUCGAUGAAGUACAUUACGUUAAUGAUUUAGAGAGAGGAGUGGUUUGGGAAGAAGUUAUCAUUAUGUUACCAGAACAUGUAACAUUAAUUUUGCUGUCCGCAACUGUCCCAAACACCUACGAAUUUGCAUCCUGGGUUGGAAGAACUAAGAAGAAAGAUAUUUAUGUCAUCUCAACUCCAAAGAGACCAGUUCCACUGGAACAUUACCUUUGGGCAGAUAAAGGCAUUCACAAAAUUGUGGAUGCAGAGAAGAAGUUCAUCGAGAAGGGUUGGAAGUCCGCAAACGAUGUACUAUCUGGGAGAGAUAAGGUAAAGGCUCUACCUCCACCAGACGCCUCAAAUACUCGUGGAGGAGGAAACCAAAGAGGUAGAGGUCAAGGUCAGAAUGCGCGUGGUGGUGCACAACGUGGAGGUGGUCAACAACGUGGAGGAGCACAACAGAGAGGCGGUCGUGGUGGUAGUGGACCACCCCGUGCUAGUCAUAACCCAGGGCAUAUGGGACGUGGCGGUAGACCUGGAGGUCGAACAACAGCUGCCCAAGACAAGACACUAUGGGUACAACUAGUUCAAUUUCUCAAAAAAGAAAACUUACUCCCAGCAUGUAUUUUCGUCUUCUCCAAGAAGAGAUGCGAAGAGAAUGCAGAUGCAUUGAGUAAUCAAGACUUCUGUACAGCGACAGAAAAGAGUGCGAUACACAUGACGAUUGAGAAAUCCAUUGCUCGGCUCAAACCAGAGGACCGACAAUUACCACAAAUCAUUCGAUUACGAGAUUUACUUGGGCGAGGUAUUGCUGUUCACCAUGGUGGUCUGCUACCUAUUGUGAAGGAAAUUGUUGAGAUGUUAUUCGCGCAAACUUUGGUGAAAGUGCUUUUCGCCACAGAAACAUUUGCUAUGGGAUUGAAUUUACCAACUCGAACAGUUGUCUUUUCUGGAUAUCGCAAGCAUGACGGACAAUCCUUCCGUGAUUUGUUGCCUGGAGAAUAUACUCAAAUGGCUGGUAGAGCAGGUCGUCGUGGAUUAGAUCCUGUGGGUUCGGUUAUAAUUGUUGCGCCGGGAGGUGGUGAAGCUCCACCCGUUACUGAACUUCGACAAAUGAUACUUGGAGAGCCGUCAAAGCUUCGUUCUCAAUUCAGAUUGACCUACAACAUGAUACUCAAUCUCCUGCGAGUUGAGGCUUUGAAAAUCGAGGAGAUGAUCAAAAGAAGUUUUAGUGAACAUGCUACUCAGCAACUUCUACCUGAGCAUGAAAAGGCGGUCAAAUUAUCCGAAGCAGACCUGGCCAAGAUCACCAGAGAACCUUGCGAUAUUUGUGAAAAGGAUUUAGAUACUUGUCAUGAGGCAACUCAGACUUAUAAGCAACUGACUCGCGAUGUUCAUAUUGGAUCACUAUCGACUGCUAUUGGUCGUCGAAUGUUUGUUAAGGGUCGACUGGUAGUUUAUCACAAGAAUGGUGUUCGCACACCUGGUAUUCUUGUUCGUGACGGUGCUACAGAUGUGAAUGGCCUAUCUGUUCAUAUUCUCGAGAUCAGAACAAGACGAGAUCAAUGGGAUACAACUGAUUUGUUGCCAUUCGUACCUAAGUUUCGAGGAAUUUUCACCAAACUUCCUAACCUCAAGAAGCACAUUUCCACCAAGACUUGUUACGUUUCUGUUAAUGAUUUGGAGUGUGUCACGAAUACGAUCGUGAAGGGAGUAGUUCCUGAAAUAUACAAAGGCGGGGAACUUUAUGAGAGCGCUAAACAGAUUCUUUUCAAUCUGUGUUCAUCGUGGGAAAGUGAUGUAUGGGAUGAAUUGGACUGGUCUAAGAUCAAGGUUCUCCAAUUGAGGGAAAAUCUUGUAAAGCGUUCAGAACAAGCUACCAUCACCCAAGAAGCUAAUUGCUUAAAAUGUCCUUCAUUUUUGAAACAUUUCGCAAUGUGUCAUGAUCAAUGGCUAAUCCAAGCCAAUAUCAUUCAACUUCGCCAACUUAUGUCUGACAACAAUCUUCAACUAUUGCCUGAUUAUGAACAACGAAUCCAAGUCCUCAAAGAUCUAGACUUUAUCGAUGACGCCUCUCGCGUUCAACUCAAGGGAAAGGUCGCUUGCGAGAUACACUCCGCAGACGAAUUAAUUCUGACGGAACUAAUUCUUGACAACGUACUAUCAGCAUAUACACCAGAAGAAAUUGUCUCUCUUCUUAGUGCCUUCAUUUUCCAAGAAAAAACAACUGUUGUCCCAACUCUCCCCAGUUCCUUAGAAACCGGCAAAAUCAAGAUCCUUGAACUCUCAAAAAAGAUAACAGAUAUGCAAAUAUUACAUCAAGUUAUCCAGCCAACAUCUGAAUCCAAUGAUUUUGAAGCUCAUCCUGAGCGUUUUGGACUCAUGGAAGUUGUAUAUGAAUGGGCACGCGGAAUGAGUUUCAAGAAUAUUACAAUGCUGACAGAUGUACUUGAAGGUACAAUUGUGAGAGUCAUAACGAGAUUAGACGAAACCUGCAGGGAGGUCAGAAAUGCGGCUAGAAUCAUUGGUGAUCCUGAGUUGUUUCAAAAAAUGCAAACCUGUCAAGAGAUCAUCAAAAGAGAUAUUACUGCUGUAGCUAGUUUGUACAUGUAG